AUGCGCCACUUAUUCGCAAGUAUCCCAAAACAUCCUGUUGCCAAAUAUCUGAAAAAAAAAUGUUUUAUUACUGGUCUGGAUCUUCAAAAAAGGUGGAGAAACAUUCGCGACGCUUUUGUAAAGGCCCAUAAAGCAAAAGAAAGCAAGAGUGGGUCUGCAGCAAAAAAGAAGGUCCCAUAUGUAUUCUAUGAUAAUCUUUUAUUUAUAAAAGAUACAGUAACGGUUAACCGCACAGAUGGUAAUGGUACAGGAAAUGACGAUGAAAACACGAGUAUACAGACAGAAAUCAAUGUUCCGUCAAUGUCUUCAUUGCCGCCAAAAAGACGUAAGAAAAACAACGAUGAUAAUGAAGUCGGUGCACAGUUAGUUGGAGUGUUGAGUAAAAAUUUAGAAAGAAAGAAUAUGGAUGAUGACGACGAUCGCCUUUUUUUCUUAUCAUUGGUAAAGGAAUUUAAGAAAAUACCUGAGCACAGGCAAAUGCAGACAAAGUUAGAUAUUUUAAAAGUAAUAAAGGAUGCACAGCAGUUCUUUGAUUAUUCAAACGCGUCAUGGAGUUUUUCAAGGGCUAAUAAUACCUAUCGUGGAUAUCAAACGGCACAUUAUUCAAGAAAUAAUCCUCACACUGAGCUUAUGCAAUCAUUGGACGUUGGACGACCACCUUCUCAAAAUUUUGAGGUACAAUCGCCAUUAUCAACUCACAGUCACCAGUCUCAAAACAGUGAACACUCGUCUUAUAUUGAACUUUUUAAUUCUAUUAAUGAUACUGAGGAUGAUUUAAAUGUUUGA